AACCUUAAACCCCUUUCCCUCUUUCCCUCUCCCAAUUCAUCUUUCUAGGGUUUAAGCCCUACACUAUGCUUCUUCUAACUCUCAAAUUUGAAAAUUCCCCCAAAUUCUUUGUGCAAAUCUCUUAAAAAUGGCUGCUAAUUACUUGUUUUGUAGAGCUUCUGCAACUAAAAUCAUCAACUCUUCCCAAUUGUUAAACCCUUUAAGCAAAACCCUUGCUUCUUCCAAUACUCCAUUAUCGUACCAAUUCCUUAGAUAUGUUCAUACUACAUUCUCUGGAAAUGCAUUUCAAAAAAUUCCCAGAAAAAAUUCAAGGAAUAUGUCAACAUUCCCUGAUUAUAAUCUCCCGGAUACAGCUUUCGGCCUUGAUUCUCGUGUUCCUGCUACUAUUAUCACUGGAUUUCUUGGCUCUGGCAAGACUACUCUGCUGAAUCAUAUCCUGACAGCUAAUCACGGCAAGCGCAUCGCUGUCAUCGAAAAUGAGUUUGGGGAGGUAGACAUUGAUGGCUCUUUGGUUGCAAGCCACUCAUCUUCUAAUGAAGAAAUUCUUAUGGUCAAUAAUGGUUGUUUGUGCUGUACUGUACGCGGAGAUCUAGUGAAAAUGUUGAUAGAGUUGGUUACGCAGAGGCGGGACAAGUUUGAUCACAUAAUCAUUGAGACAACAGGUCUUGCGAAACCAGGUCCAGUAAUUGAGACGUUUUGCAGUGAUGAGAUGGUAUCACGUCAUGUAAAACUUGAUGGAGUUGUAACAAUGGUUGAUUCUAAACAUGCUACGAGACAUUUGAAUGAAGUUAAACCAAGAUUUGUUGUGAAUGAGUGUACUGAACAAGUUGCUUAUGCAGACCGAAUCAUUAUAAAUAAGACAGAUUUGGUGACUGAGGCAGACUUGGAAGUGUUGACAAAGAAAAUCAGGCAUAUAAAUGGGAUGGCACAAAUACAGCACACAAAAUAUGGAGUUGUGGACAUUGACUAUGUUUUGGGAGUAGGUGGAUAUGAUCUUGACAGGGUUGAAUCUGUUGUUCGAUCAGAUGAUUCAGAUUGUGCUAGUCAUGAACAUAAAAAGGAUCAUGAACAUCAUAAGGGCCAUCAUCAUGAUCAUGCUCAUGAUUCUGCUGUGACAAGUGUCAGCAUUGUUUCGGAAGGAACUAUUGAUCUUGAUGAGCUUGAUGAUUGGCUUGAAAGACUGAUCGAGGAGAAGGCAGAAGACUUAUACAGGUACAAGGGAGUCUUAUCAGUGAAUGGAUCUGAACAACGUUAUGUUCUACAGGGUGUUCAUACUAUGUAUGACGGUUGCCCGGGAAACACGUGGGCUCCGGAUGAAAAGAGGAUAAACAAACUGGUCUUUAUAGGACGCGAUUUGAAUGAAACAAGGUUGCGAAAAGGCUUCAAAGGAUGUUUAGCGUGACAAAUUACCCGUUCAUUUCAAUGGAUAUAGCAGCUGCUUUAGCUUCAAGGAUUGUGUACUAAGGGUGCGUUUUCUUCACUCUAAUUCUCCAUGUCGAAACUUGUAUAGUUUUGAUAUUAGCUUAUCUGAACUUAUUAGCCAUGAACUUCAUUUAUCUGAACUUAUUAGCCAUGGACAUCAUUUAUCUGAACUUAUUAGCCAUGAACUUCAUUUAUCUGAACUUAUCGGCCUUAAAACUUAACUUAUCAUAAUUUGUGAUUUGAACUUGGGUAAAACCCUUAUGGCCCGAAAACUUAUCCGAUCUUGUAAGCUCCUGACGUAACAUAUUUUAACUUACUUUAUUUGAAUUUAUUAGCCUUGAAUUUAACUUAUCUUUCCUGAAAUAAGUGAAAGUUUUCGUGAUAUUGCUAGUGGCCACAACUCACAUCACAUGAAUGUAGAAUGUUGGAAUUAAUCUUUACAGAAUAUACAAGAGAAUAUUUACAUAUUCUCUAUCAAUGAAGAAUGAGCAAACACAUCCACCCCCCAAAUAAAUAAAUAAACAAUUACUCCCUCAGUCUCGUUUUACUUGCCCCAUUUGACCAUUUUUUGUGAGAGCUUUUUGGGUCAAAUAGAGCAAGUAAAACGAGACUGAGGAAAUAUAAGUGACCAAUCCGGCAAUCCCCCUUUAGUAGGCUUUGCCUUGGUUAGCUUAGAAUUGUUAAAUAUGUGUUAGACUGUAAUUAAGGUUGUGAAGCGUCUUAAAUAAGUUAAUCACUCAUCUUUGGGAAGCUUGAUGAGUGCAUAAACAGCAGCACCAAGAAUAGCACCCAAUGGCGGAGCCACCAUGUAUAUCCAUAUUCCACGAUACCUUCCUGUUGCUAUGGCUGGUCCUAGUGUCCGUGCUGGGUUCAUUGAUGCACCCGUCAUUGGCCUGCAACAUUUUAUGCCAAGCUUGCUGGUUGAUGGCUUCGACGAUGGCUGACUCAACGGUGGUUCAUUGGCCGACGCUGGUGUUACCGGUGGCAACGAGGUCACGUGGUUACUUGUCGACAUUUUACGACAGUUUUAGCCUCGAGUUUUGUUUUUUUGCUGUGAAUUUAGGGUUAGACACUUUACAUAUUACUGAAAUUAGUAAGUCAUCUGUAUCGAAUUCCUGUCUGUAUAUAUGUACAGUUUUGUUUCCUUGACUUGCUCAAAUGGGACUAUGGGAAGCAUGAUUUACUUUCUCCUGUUAUGAACUGUAUAUCUAAAUUAUACCAAAGUUGAACUUUUCUUGGUCAA